AUGAUUUCUCAACGAUUCUGGUGCCUCGGCGCCACUCUUUUGGCAUCCUGCGCCCAGCUUGUCAGCGCUGACCUGCCCGAGAACGCCGUCGAACUCGAUCUCGUCUUCCCUCGCGAUGGCGGCAAAUAUGGCGAGACCUCCAAGGGAUACCCCGUCCUUCUCAACAUUCAGAACCCUACCGUUGCCUACCACUACGGUUACAACUUCGUCUGGGACAUCUACUCAAGAAACAAGAACUCCUACCUUCGCACCGCGGCCCACGGCGCACUUGGUACAGUCAUCCUGAACAACACCGAAUUCAGCGAAACCACGCACCUCGAGGUUGGCUACACCGGUCACCUUGCCGCCGGCGACUACACCUUCGCCUGGGUCUAUGGAUUGGGAGCUCAAUGCGAGUUCACCGAGCAGCCUACUUACAGCGAAUUCAACCUGAACCCCAGAAUUGCCAAUGGCAGCUUCGAGUUCAGUGUCGAGAGCAGCGGCUCCGAGCCGACAUUCACCAAGACCUGCCCGGAAGCCAUCGGAAGCAUGAGCUACGCCUCCACGACCACUUACAACUCCGAAGCCACCAGCGUCUGCGGUGUCACCGCGACGGCAACCUUCGACUCGGAACCCUGCAAGGCUACUCUCAGCAACGAGCAGGCCACCAGUGUCUACAGCGAGCUCGGUUAUGCCGCAGCGACCGGAUCUUCCAAGGGUGCCGCUGACUCGAAGAUGCCUUCUGCCUCAAUUGCGUGGAUGACCGGUCUUUUCGCCACUGUCGCCAUCUUGGCAUAG